AUAUAUUUGUCAGAAAUGAUGACCAUAACUUCUGCUCGGACACUUCGUCCUGUAUUUUUCGCUGGAAUUGUGUUGCUUCCUUUCAUGGUGUGUCUUGAUAGAGUAGCUAAUCACCAGGAACAUUGGACUGACGUCAUAGGUGGAUGUGUUAUCGGUAUAUUUAUAGCUGCAUAUAUGAGUGUGUAUGUUCUGAACAGUUUUAAGGGGUCUCUUGAAAGAGCGAAAACAAAUCUUCCGUUGACAAAUCGUGACAUUCUCAAGCCCCAAAAGUUAAAAAAUGAUCAAUACAAUGGUGGUGGAAUAAUGCAGACGUUAACAAGGGGAGUGAGUCGUGCAUCAAGUCGCCAAGCCAGCCGCCAGGCCAGUCGUCGUGAAAAAGAUUACGAUUUUAUGUCGCGCAUGUAUAAUAGAUAUAAUACUGCUCAUCGAAGCUACAAUGAUAACCACAUGGAUGACCACCGUCAACAAGAAGCGUUUGUUUAUAAUCAUCAGCCUCCAUUGCCUUCAUUUUCGGCAGAAGCUGAAGAAUUUAAUGACGUUCACCAAUCUACAAUAUCUGCAUUAAUUCAGAAAGAAACACACGAUGCUGCUGGUGUGGAGGCGGACGUGAAUCUAGCAGACGAUGAUCAGCCAAUGUUUUUAUACCACCACUAACGUAAUGUUCACACAAAAGUAAUAUUAAAUUAUUUUCAUUGUUUACAUUGUAUUUUUAUAAUUUUACACUUACUAUUUAUAACGUUAAUUAAAUACCUGCAUCAUAAAAUUUACCAUUAAGAGUUUAUAUAGACAACAAUGAAACACAAGCAUAUGCAGUUAAAGCAUAUAGGUGAAAGUAGUAAUUAAACAAAAUACACACAGAUUUACUAGCCCGAAAUAAUUAAAAAAACAUUCUUCUUUAAGAAUUCGUGUAUCUCAUCAUCAUCAGCCCCUAUGAGCACUAUCGUCUCCGCAAAUGAAUUGAGAGGUUGGACAUGUAAAAUCCCGGUGUUGUCGCCGCGAUAUGCUCAAUGGAAAGCCUAAUGUCCAAUUUUUCAGAAAGGAGUAUAAGUGGGCGGGGCCAGGAAAAAACUCAUAACUCUAUGUUUAAUGCAUACAAAUCACUUGUAAGCAUAAAGUUAUUUAGUCGCCAAAGCGUUAAAGCCUUACCAUUAUAUUCAGGGACGGAUCCAGAAGGGGGAACCGGGGUGGGGGAACGUUUACCCCAGCUGUUUUGCUACUAAAUUUUAAAAAUUUCAAUACAUAUCAAUGUUAUGUGCUACUUACAUAUUCUGAAGUUUUUGUGCCCCCUUCCCCUUUUGAAAAAUUCUGGAUCCGCCCCUGAUAUUACCUGGGAAUGUAUUUCUGUAAAAUCCAAUAAAAUGAUGUGAUUUGUGAAAUGUGUUACAUAUUAUUGUAGGCCUAUUACCAUUAAUCUCAUUUGUUUCUAAACUGAGUUGUUUUGACGCUAAUUGAUGAAUAUUAAUUAUACUAAUGAUGGGUUGAUUGUAUUUAUUGAUUUGUAUUUAUGGAUUGAUUAUUAUUGAUGGUUUUUUGUUAAUUGACUGAUAUUCCGUUGUUUAUUUAGGACUACACUAUUGCAACCAUGUGUAUACGGUGUACACAUGUUUAUCAUAUCGGUGAGUUGGUACGAAAUUUCCAUUCAGAAUUAAUUAUAUAUUGAUUUAUUUUUUUUUAUAUAUAUGUGUUCAAAAGUUAUUCUGAAAAUUAACAAACAAAUGUGUGUGUUAGCCUAAAUAACAUUCACAAUACAAGAAAAGAUCGAAUUAUAUAGAUAUUUGCAAUGACAUAUGAUAUACCUUCAUCUAUAUUAAUCAAGAGAUAUAGUAUAAAACAAUAACAGGCAUACUAUUUUUACUAUAAACUAUUGUGAACUUUAGCUAGUCUGUACUACAAUUUUAUUUAUAAUUUACAGGCCGACUUUACAGGGCCUUAUGUAAGAAUACAUUUUUAAAAAUUACAAAACGGAAAAAGAGGGGUCAUUCAGUAAUGUAUAAAGGAAAUUCUAGUAUUUUUACUGUUCUUGAUGUAAUUAUAUGAAGCAUUCAUUCUCUGUAUAAUCAUUACAAUUAAUUAUAUUUUUUAAUAAUAUUUUAGAAAUAAAAUUUAAUGCUGUUUUUGUA